GGCGGGCAGCCCUGCGGGGGAGGCGGCCGCCGGCGGGAUGCGGUGCGCGCCAUGUGCGGGGCGGCGGCGGCGGCAGCGGCCCGUCCCCGUCUCGGGAGUGUCCCCGUCCCCGUCUCGCCUCAGGGGGAGCGCGGGUGCCUGAAACUCCUCUACAAGAGCGCAGAGAGUUACCUUAACUGCACAUCUUGGUGUGAACAGAAUUCUUCUGUCUGCUGGACAGGGCCUGCCUCUUUCAGAAAUCAUUCAGUUCAAAAUCCCUGAUAAUGCAUGAAAUCCAGCAACCACCUGAGCAUCAAGUUCAUGCAGUUGGACAAUCUGUUGUUCCCCAGUCUGCAACACAUGAAUUUCAGGACAGAGGUCAUGACAAGCCAGGUCAAGAUGCGUAUAACCAGAGUCAAAGAAGAAUGUUAAAAAAAUUCCAAAGCAGAUAUCUAGCAAGGAAGUUUUUCUGUCUGUGGGCAAAAAUUACAUUUGGACAAGUUCUCCCUUCCAAAGCCAGAUGUUUUUAUGAUCAGAAGAUUCUUCAAAAGACUUUUGGAGUGUGGAAGGAGCAGUGGACAGUUUGCAGAGAAAAGAAGCUUGACCUCAGAGCAGACAACCAUUACAGGCAUUUACUCCUUAAUUUGAUAUUCAAGGUUUGGAGAGCCUAUGUAUGCCAACAGCAAGGAAAGAGGAACAAGUAUUAUGUUGCAGAGUCUCAUGCAAAGAAGCAAACUCUGCUCAGGACCUGGCAGCACUGGCUGGUUUAUGUUGAUGUUCAAAGGACAAAACAUGGGAUGCAGUCUGUGGCACUGGCAUUCAGGGAAAGAAGCUGUUUGCGCAUUUCAUGGGCAGUGUGGAGAAGACAACACUACCAGAAAUGCUCUGGACGUAAAAUGAAUAUUUUGGCUCUGCAGCAUUGGGCCCAGAGCCUGCAAUUUCGAGCUUGGCUGCAGUGGCGAGAGGUGUAUUUAUACACCCAGAAUGAGAAGCAGAAGAGCACCAGGGCAGUAACUCACCAUCGGCACUGGGAAUUGAGGAGAUGUGUGAGAGCAUGGCUGGGAUACCUGAACCUCCAGAGAGUAAAGAAACAUCAGAAUGAGCUGGCCCAAGAGUUUCACCGAAGCAGGACACUCCGGCGCUGCUUCUCCGAUUGGCAGCUGUCGUGGGAGUGCAGCAGAAGAAUGCAUGCUCACCGAAGGGACCUGGAAAAACAAGCAGCAAGGACUGCCUUGUGGAGAGUCUUUGCACACUGGAAGCACUAUGUUGUGCUGUGUGUUGAAGAGGCUCAGCAGUGUGAGCUGGCUGAAAAGCACUACAAGUGUCACCUGUUGGAACUUGGCUUUAAGGGUCUUCGGCAGAAUGCCCUGGACACUCGUCUUCAGCGAAUGAGAACAAAUCUGUCAUCCCGUCAGCAUCGAGUUACAGUGCUGCAGAAGUACUGGAACCAUUGGAAGUCCCGCUUGGAAGAGAAGGAGGAAGAACAGCAGCAGGCCUUAACAUCAGUGGCUCAUGCCCGUUAUAGGAGGGUGUUGAUGAGGCAGGUAUUUGACACAUGGCUGCUGAAGACCUGCAAGCUGCAAGAAUAUCGAAUGGGAGAGAAGAGGGCUGUCCUUCAUUUCGAGAGGCAGCUCUUGCGCUGCUUCUGGUGCUGCUGGCGUGGAAGAACAGCUGCACGUUUGGAGGAGCAGGAGGGCUUGGUUCGUGCAGGACAUCACUACAGUAACCAGCUGCUGCUAAAGGCCUUCUGUCUGUGGAAACAAAAGACUCAGGAGAGAGAAAUAGAGAGGCUCAAGGAGACAGAAGCUUUAAGAUUUCACUGUUCAAAGUGUCUGCAGCAGACUUGGAACAAGUGGAGAGAGUAUGUGGGACAUCAGCGUGAGAAAUGGAGGAAGUUGGUGCAAGCAGACCUGCACUAUCGACAUGUGUUGCUGGUCAAGACCUUGGCAGCUUGGAAGAUUUACCAACAAAACAUGCAGUGCAUUCUGUAUCAAGUAGCUGAGAAGGAGAAAGAGCACACUCGACUGCUGAUGUGGCAGGUGCUGUGUACAUGGAGAGAAAAUGCUCUUGCUCUUCUACAUGAAUCCAAGGCAGCUACUCUGGCAGAUGAGCACUACAGGAGAGCAAUCCUGUCAAAGGUGCUGCUGCAGUGGAGAGACACUGCCUGGCUGCGAGCAUGUCACCGUCACCUGAAGGUAACAGCUGUGGUGGAGGCCAGAAAACAUUUGGAUUUAGUGCAUUUACAGAGCCUGUUUCUUCACUGGAAAGAAUUAACGAGGGAGUCUCUGAUGCUGAGGGCUCAGGAGCACAGGGCAGCACAGCACCACCAGCAGCACCUGCUCCAGAAGUACCUGGUGAAAUGGAAAAAUUAUCAUCAGCAGUGCCUUGGGAAAAAGCUGCUGCAGAGAAGGGGAGAUGAACUAAUGACUCACAGACUUUGCUCUGCUUCCUUCUCUUGCUGGAAAACUCGGCUGUUGCAGCAGCGAUGGGAAAAGCAGGAGACAGUGCAAGCGUUGUGGCACUGGUCCCUUUCAGUGCAGAGAAAGGUAUUUGAUGCUUGGCUCAGGUUUGCCAAGGGACAGCAGGAGAAGAAAGAUGACAUUGAAAACAUUACAGUUUACCACACAACUCCUUUGAGAGAAGAGGUAACCUGUGCCUUGAGAAACACUGCUAGCAUCAAACAGCUGCAGGGACAGCUCCAUACCCAGCACCAGCUGGAGAAGCAAGUGACGUUUAAAAGGCCUGAUGUUAGUCCUGAGACAAGAGGACAUUCAUCAGAGGAAGAGCCAUGGCCUUCAAAAUGCAGACAUCUUCCACUUCACCCUGCUGAGUGGGACUCUGAUCUCCAUGGCCUAAAUGCCAUUCAACAAGCCAGGUUACCACCACAGAAGCCUGAAUUCCCUCUGGAAUCUCUAGAAAGGAAGGAACUGUUGGCACCUCCUUUUGCUAGGUCAGAGGUGCCCUUUCAGCAAAUAUCUGUGAAUAAAUGUCCUGCACAGACUGGGAACUUAAUGCUGACACCUCACGUGGAAGGAAGUGCCUGUAAAUGUCUAUUCCAGAUGGGCAGUGCUGCUCAUCCCCAUCCCUCUCUCACUUGUGCUUCUCUCCCCCUGUGGACACAGGACAUGCACCGAGCUGGGCAGGGGCCAGAGCUGUGGUCUCCUGCAUCUUUCAUGUCCCAAAUGAAAGCUGGCUCAGAAGAGAGAGGAGGUCAGCCUGUGAAUGGUCACAAAGGAGCCCAUUCCCAGGACCCUCAACAAAAUUCUGUGGAGAAGUUGCGACCAAAUUUGCAGCCACAUUUGCUGUCACCUGAAGACUCGAUGGGAAAAGGGAGUCACCAGAUUGCAGCUGAAGGGGAAAAGAGGGAGCACAGUUCCAGAGAAGAAAUGAUGUUGGAGAGAAAGGUGGAAGAUGAACUCCAACAUAUCCAGCAGCAGAUGCAGUACUACUACAGCAGGAAGCAGGAACUCAAGUGCUGUCAGCAGCAGGCACAGAUUCUGCAGCAGUGGCUGGACAAGAGCACACAACCAGGAGCCCGAGAUGGUGUGCAAGGAGUUGAGGAAGAAUUGGGUCAGUUGCAGGUGAGGAUCAACACUCUCACCAAAGCACAGCUGGCUGAGAGACACCAUGUGCAGGCCCUGCUGGCCCGCCUGCGAGAUAUCCAGCUUGCCCUGGAUUUGUAGUGCAUCUGCCAACUUCUCAGCUCAGGGGUAGGAUUUUUUGCCCCUUUCAUAGCAGGGGAUGACGGAAGAGAUGUAUCCAUUCACUUAGCUCUAUGUAUGGCAUUUAUA